AUGUUUCGUGCCAGUGCCCUAUGGCUUCGCGGUCAGUACAAGACACGCCUUAAGAAGCGCAUGGUCGGUUUCAUCCCAAAGGUGGUUCCACGCAAAAUAAAGAACAAUAUGGUGGCUCUACGUAGUGAGGCCAACACCGGACACAUAGAGGGGUACUUAAAGACCGAGACGGAAAGACUUGACGCUACCGGUCGCAAGGUUCAAAAGGUACUGUGGGAUCCUGUCCUGCAGAGACACUGUUUAUUCAAGGAGACAAAGAUUCGAGGACCCUUCUUGACAAAAACAGCCAUCGUCAAGAAGGUGGAUUUCCCUAUUGGGACUACAGGAGCAGCAUCGACGAAGUAG